AUGACGCGCGCGUCCGACGCGCCGGACGCGUCGGCGCCUCGGCGCUCGCGCGCGGACGACGCCGUCGCCGGCGUCGUCGCCGGCGCGGCGUGCGUCGCGGCGGGACAUCCGUUCGACACGGUGAAAGUGUUCGUGCAAAAGAACCGCGGACACACGACUGGAAGCGCCAUCGCGGCGCUGUACCGCGCGCGAGGCGCGCGAGGACUGUACGCGGGCGUCGCGGCGCCCCUGGUCGGGGCGUCGCUCGAGACGGGGGCGAACUACGCGUGCUUUCACGAGGCGCGCGAGGCGGCGCUCGCGGGCGCGAGCGGCGCGGGCGCGGGCGCGCGGUUGGCGGCGAGCGCGUUCGCGGGCGCCCUCGCGGGAGGGCUCAUGACCCCAUUUCUGACGCCGUUCGAGCUGGUGAAGUGUCGAGCGCAGGUCGGGGACGGAGGCGGGAGCGCGCGGGCGGUGGCGCUCGACGUCUGGCGAACGCGCGGCGCGCUCGGAUUGUUUCGCGGCGUCUCGCACACCGCGGCGCGCGAGAUUCCGUCGGGAGCGGUGUAUUUCGCGACGUAUGAGAUUUUCCGAACGAUUUUCCCGCGCGCGCGCGGCGCGAGCGACGUCGGCGGCGACGUGACGCGCGCCGCGUUCGAGACGCGAGACGCGCGGGGCUUGCUCGUCGAGGCGCUCGCCGCGGCUUCGUGUGGCGGCGCCGCGGGCGUCGUCACCUGGCUCAUCGUCCUUCCGUUGGAUAACGCGAAGACUAUUUACCAGUGCGAGCGUCCCGGCGGCGCGCGCGACUUACCGCCGCUGGCGCUCCUUCGCGCUUUGGUCGCCGAGCGCGGCGUCUCCGGGCUCUGGCGCGGCGCCGCGCCCGUCGUCGCGCGCGCGUUUCCCGCCAACGCCGCGCAGUGGCUCGCGUGGGAGUUCGCGUCUCGCGCUCUGCGCGCCGACCGGCUCGAGCGCUCGUAG